UCCUGCCCCUUCAUUUCUCCCGACUUCCUGUUCAUUCCUGUUCGAGCAUGCUCUAGAGUUUUACGUUUGUCGUUUGUUCUGUAAUGGAACAAUUGUGUGGAGCCGACUGAGAGGAUUCCACGUCGAGAAGCGUAACGACUAGAAGUUCGUAAAUUCGGGAGAGAUCGAUUCCAAGAUGACGGCGAUUCCUGGAUCCAUCGCGUUCGACGAGUAUGGUCGUCCAUUUAUCAUCUUGCGGGACCAAGAGAAGCAAAAGCGGCUUACCGGCAAUGAUGCCAUCAAGUCUCAUAUUUUGGCGGCACGGAGCAUCGCCAAUAUCUUGAGAACUUCGUUGGGGCCAAAGGGGCUGGACAAGCUGAUGGUUAGCUCCGACGGAGAUGUCACCGUCACCAACGAUGGAGCAACCAUUUUGAAGAACAUGGAUGUUGAUCACGAAAUUGCAAAGCUUAUGGUGCAGCUGUCUCAAUCUCAAGAUGACGAGAUCGGCGACGGCACUACUGGAGUUGUGGUACUGGCUGGAGCACUCAUGGAGCAAGCCGAACAAUUAUUGGAUAAAGGAAUUCAUCCGAUUAGAAUAGCGGAUGGUUUCGAGCUAGCAGCUCAGUGUGCUGUUAAACAUCUUAAUAGUAUUGCUGAGGCCUUUCCAGUUAAUCCCAAGGAUCUGGAACCUCUAAUUAAAACAGCAUUGACAACGCUGGGAUCAAAAAUUAUUAAUAAAUGCCAUCGACAAAUGGCUGAGAUAGCUGUAAACGCUGUGAUGGCAGUUGCAGACUUAGAAAAACGAGACGUUAAUUUUGAAUUAAUCAAAGUUGAAGGAAAGGUUGGAGGGCGAUUAGAGGAUACUAUACUCGUAAAGGGUGUGGUAAUCGAUAAAGACUUCAGUCAUCCACAAAUGCCUAAGAGAUUGGAGAACGUCAAAUUGGCUAUCCUGACAUGCCCCUUUGAACCACCCAAGCCAAAGACCAAGCAUAAGCUGGAUGUCACAUCGGUAGAAGACUACAAAGCAUUGCGCGAGUACGAGCGAGAAAAGUUCACUGAAAUGGUUACGAAGGUGAAAGAAGCCGGAGCUACGCUCGCUAUUUGCCAAUGGGGAUUCGACGACGAAGCGAAUCACUUGCUUCUACAACAGCAGUUGCCUGCAGUUAGAUGGGUCGGUGGACCAGAGAUUGAGUUGAUCGCCAUCGCAACCGGAGGUCGCAUCGUGCCACGAUUUGAGGAACUGACACCGGACAAACUGGGUUAUGCAGGUCUUGUGAAAGAACUGACCUUCGGCACAACGAAGGAUCGAAUGCUGGUCAUCGAGGAAUGCAAGAACGCCCGUGCAGUGACCAUCUUUAUUCGCGGUGGUAACAAAAUGAUAAUCGAGGAGGCAAAGCGAUCCUUGCACGAUGCUCUGUGCGCCGUGAGGAACCUGGUCACCGAUGAAAGGAUCGUCUACGGAGGUGGUGCAUCCGAAAUCUCAUGCGCUCUGGCAUGUGCUGCACACGCGGACAAAGUCAGCACACUGGAGCAGUAUGCAUUCCGGGCUUUCUCCGACGCAUUGGAAGCAAUUCCAAUGGCUUUGGCGGAGAAUGCUGGUCUUUCCUCUGUCGAUAGUUUAGCCGAAGCCAAGGCUCGACAAUUAACCGAGAACAAUCCCGCCCUGGGCAUAGACUGCAUGAACCGAGGCACAUCAGAUAUGAAGGUGCAAAACGUCAUCGAGUCACUGAAGAGCAAGAUCCAGCAGAUUCUGCUUGCCACCCAGCUCGUCAAGAUGAUCCUAAAGAUCGACGACGUUCGAUCACCGAGUGACGGAGACAUGAUGUAGAGACGUCAUUGCUUACUAAGGGCGAUGCAGGCCCAAUUAACGAUCGCUUAAUUCGUUUACCUUUGUACGGUUAAUAAGAGAUUUUGCAUAACUUGUCGCACAUCACUUAAAUGUUACGAGACGCUAAAAGACGAUGCUGAUUUCUAUAAUACAAUCGGUGUUGCGGACGAGAAA